UGGUUAGAGACAGGUAGCCUGGUGGUUAGAGACAGGUAGCCUGGUGGUUAGAGACAGGUAGCCUGGUGGUUAGAGACAGGUAGCCUGGUGGUUAGAGACAGGUAGCCUGGUGGUUAGAGACAGGUAGCCUGGUGGUUAGAGACAGGUAGCCUGGUGGUUAGAGGCAGGUAGCCUGGUGGUUAGAGGCAGGUAGCCUGGUGGUUAGAGGCAGGUAGCCUGGUGGUUAGAGACAGGUAGCCUGGUGGUUAGAGACAGGUAGCCUGGUGGUUAGAGACAGGUAGCCUGGUGGUUAGAGACAGGUAGCCUGGUGGUUAGAGACAGGUAGCCUGGUGGUUAGAGGCAGGUAGCCUGGUGGUUAGAGACAGGUAGCCUGGUGGUUAGAGACAGGUAGCCUGGUGGUUAGAGACAGGUAGCCUGGUGGUUAGAGGCAGGUAGCCUGGUGGUUAGAGACAGGUAGCCUGGUGGUUAGAGACAGGUAGCCUGGUGGUUAGAGACAGGUAGCCUGGUGGUUAGAGGCAGGUAGCCUGGUGGUUAGAGGCAGGUAGCCUGGUGGUUAGAGACAGGUAGCCUGGUGGUUAGAGGCAGGUAGCCUGGUGGUUAGAGACAGGUAGCCUGGUGGUUAGAGACAGGUAUCCUGGUGGUUAGAGACAGGUAGCCUGGUGGUUAGAGACAGGUAGCCAGGUGGUUAGAGACAGGUAGCCUAGUGGUUAGAGCAUUGGGCCAGUAACAGAAAGGUUGCAAGAAUACCCGAGCUGAUAAAAAUCUGUCAUGCUGCCCCUGAACAAGGCUGUCAUACUGCCCCUGAACAAGGCUGUCAUACUGCCCCUGAACAAGGCUGUCAUGCUGCCCCUGAACAAGGCUGUCAUACUGCCCCUGAACAAGGCUGUCAUACUGCCCCUGAACAAGGCUGUCAUGCUGCCCCUGAACAAGGCUGUCAUGCUGCCCCUGAACAAGGCUGUCAUGCUGCCCCUGAACAAGGCUGUCAUGCUGCCCCUGAACAAGGCUGUCAUGCUGCCCCUGAACAAGGCUGUCAUGCUGCCCCUGAACAAGGCUGUCAUGCUGCCCCUGAACAAGGCUGUCAUACUGCCCCUGAACAAGGCUGUCAUGCUGCCCCUGAACAAGGCUGUCAUGCUGCCCCUGAACAAGGCUGUCAUGCUGCCCCUGAACAAGGCUGUCAUACUGCCCCUGAACAAGGCUGUCAUGCUGCCCCUGAACAAGGCUGUCAUACUGCCCCUGAACAAGGCUGUCAUACUGCCCCUGAACAAGGCUGUCAUGCUGCUCCUGAACAAGGCUGUCAUGCUGCCCCUGAACAAGGCUGUCAUACUGCCCCUGAACAAGGCUGUCAUACUGCCCCUGAACAAGGCUGUCAUGCUGCUCCUGAACAAGGCUGUCAUGCUGCCCCUGAACAAGGCUGUCAUACUGCCCCUGAACAAGGCUGUCAUGCUGCUCCUGAACAAGGCUGUCAUGCUGCCCCUGAACAAGGCUGUUCUUAGGCUGUCAUUGUAAAUAAGAAUUUGUUCUUAACUGACCUGCCUAGUUAAAUAAAGGUUAAAUAAAAAAGUUUCACUCAGUGCCAUUGCUAACACUAAAACCUCAUGGAAACUGCAAAGAGACUGCUCCCUGAUGAGGACACAUUAUAGACCUCCACGUUAUGGCUGACCCAUAAAUGUUAUCAUAACUAAUGCAAGAGGGUUGAGCAUGAGAGUAAUCCCUUCCAGAUAACAUAAGAUAAUGGUGGUUGGGGCUGAGGGAAGAAGUCAACAGUUCAGCUGCUUCUGUGAAUGUGUGUGAGAACCAGGACUGGGACACAGGAGGACCUCCCUCUGAGGCCUUGGAUUGUGGGAUAGGAUCACAGCCAGUGUGUGUGGAAGCACUGAGAGAGGUCCCUCCUGCAGGCCACAGCAGGGGGGGGAUCAGUUA